AAACAUUUUGGUUACACAGUAAAGCAAAGCUAUUUCACACAGCGAGAUAGCCUAUACCCUACAUUCAGUUGCCUUUGGACUAAAAACAAACGGUAAAAAUUCUGUUCAAAGAAACUUUUUUCUUGUUUGUGCUGUUUCUUCUUGUAGGUUCUUAUAAUGGAAUUUAUCGUUUACUGCGUGUGAAACGUUAAUUGUAUGCCACCAGGUGUCGCUGUUUCGCUAUCACUAAUUAUUUCAUUGGCUAGUAACACGUCAUGUGAUCAAAACAUUGCCUCACAGGAGGAAGUGGCAUUAGCAGCUAGCAUUAGCUUAUAACGACAUUUCAUCCAGGAUCUGACGUCCAUGUCAUCUACCCUGAAUCUACAAAGGCAUGCCGCAAAAAGACCCGUGUCAAAAACAAGCAUGUGCAAUUCAAAAGUGUUUACAAGCUAACAAAUACAUGGAGAGCAUGUGUGAGGAUGUGAUCAAGGAGAUGCGACGGUGCUGUGAGAGACAUGCUGAAAACUCGAACUGUUGUUCUGGGUUCAAGAACUCAAAACCUACGGAGAACAAAACUAACAAAUAGCUCCCCGUGAACUGCUUGAAUGGAAAGUGUCAGAAGUAACACUGUAUCAAGGUUGACUGUGUAAUAUAUCUGUAUCACAACAGUGGAUUGAGUUAUUAUUAUUUACAGAAUUUGGAAGAAUGUGAUUUAAGUGGUUAACGCUAAAUGAUCUCUGUUUAAACAGUCCGUAGCAGACGUUUUGACAUAUCACUGCAGAAACCCACAUAUCGUGAGCACACUGGGGCACAGCUACUGUAUAUGAAGUGCAACCAGUAUUAAUUACACUUGUGUCAAACAGUCACACCUCUCUGGCAGAGUCACAACAUGAAGUUGAAAAUUAUAUCUUAAUUUAACCUGUCAAAUGUAGUAUGCUAAUUAUUAAAGGAAAGACUGUUUCUUUUC